GGGGGAGCGUGGGACUGACUGUAAGAGGAGGAGAUUCUCUAGUGGCUAAAUAUAGGGGAAUUAAGGGCUAGGGAUGAUGCGGUUUGUACAAGAAUCAUCGAAUGGACUGACUGGCCACGUACAUAGCGGCUGUCUCAAAGCACCGAGCGACACUAUCUUUCCGGAAGCAGGAAUUUAUAAACUGAUGAUCUAAUUCUACCAUGUAAUUACUAAUUUAUAGAUAAAUAUAUAUUUUGACUAUAACAAACUAUGUCCGAUACCGAGUGGACAUUGCAUAGUAGUAGCCGAAUAGUAGCCGAGGAGACAUAGGAUCAAAGAAACAUCGCUUUUGUUUACGGGGAGAGUGACAAGGACGGGAGUGAGAGAAAGAAAGGGGAGGGGAAUUGACAUUAAAGCAACACAACAAGGAAACUACACUGCAGAUACAGACGCCUUCAUUUUAUGUUUUUGAAUAAUAGCUCGCCAGCCAGUGUGGCGAAUUGUGUUUAUUGAACCUAUUCUGUGCAUUGCUCUAAAGUGGCCCGAAAAGAAAACCUCUUGGCGGAGUUGGAAAUAAAGCCGCUCUCCGACGCUUUCAGAGAAAUGGGCUCUGAGCCACCCUUGUCUCCACAGGUGGUGGAGGAGGGAGGAGAGGAAGAGGAGGAGGAGCUGAGUGGAGGAGAGGAGUCUGAUCUAAGGACCCCUUCAGGGCGUGGCUCCCUGCUGACUAGGCGAGGCAUCACCUUGAGAGUGCUGCUGAAGGACGGCCUGGUUGAGCCUGGGGAUGGAGUGCUGUCCAUACACUACCUGGGUAAGAAGUUUGUAGGCGACCUGUUGAAUGAUGGGAAGAUCCGCUGGGUGGAGACGGGGCAGAUCUUCAAUUCUCCCAGUGCCUGGGCCACACACUGCAAGCGCCUGGUCAACCCUGCCAAGAAGUCAGGCUGUGGAUGGGCCUCGGUGCGCUACCGGGGCCAGAAACUAGUGCAGUACAAGACCAGCUGGCUGCACAAGUAUCAGCCCAGUGCAGACAUGAGCCUGGUGAGCGAGGGAGAAGAUGACGAGAUGGGAGAUGAGGAGGAGGAAGAGGGGAAGACGGCAGUGCCGACAGAUGACAAGAACAGGAAGAACAAACCUGAGCUGCAUGAUAUCAGCCUUGUGCCCAGGAGAGGAGACAGAGAGCGAAUCCCCGUCAGAUACUGCACUCUGGGUACCAGGGAUGCUGCAAGGGAUCCACACACAUUGGUGGAGUUAUCAGCUUUCUCAGCCAUUAACAGGUUCCAGCCUUUCAAUGUUGCUGUAUCCAGCAACGUGCUGCUUCUCAUGGAUUUCCACUGUCACCUGACCACCAGUGAGGUGGUGGGCUACCUCGGAGGACGAUGGGACACUAACACACAACUUCUGACAGUUUUAAGAGCGUUUCCCUGUCGUACACGAUUGGCAGAUAGAGAUUCGGCCUCUGCUGUUGAAGAAGAGAUCUGCCAGAAUCUGUUCAUGCGAGGGCUGUCAUUGGUGGGCUGGUACCACAGUCACCCUCGGGGCCCCGCCCUGCCAUCCCUGCAGGACAUCGACUCUCAGAUGGACCACCAGCUGAGGCUCCAGGGGAGCAGUAAUGGCUUCCAGCCCUGCCUGGGCAUUAUCUGUGGCCCCUAUUACCAUGGGAACCAGGGUGUGGCGUCCACUAUAACACCGUUCUGGGUAGUGCCACCCCCUGAGCAAAGGCCCAAUGACUAUGGCAUUCCAGUGGCGGUGGAGGUGACCUAUGUACAAGAUAACUUCCUAACUAGUGAUGUCCUGAAUGAGAUGAUGCUGCUGGUGGACUUCUACAGGGCAGCCCCUGACCUGGUGCAGUUCCAUCAGUUCUGGUGUCCUGAUACCACCAUGAUGGACAAAAUCAAGGGCUCUCUGAGCGGCCAUGCACCCAAAGACCAGGCCUAUUCUCAGAUCUUGGAGCAUGUCUACAACCAACUCAUCAACACACACUAAGCUGGAGGAGAAACAAGGUUGUGUGUAUGCACUGGCUUCAAAUGAAAAUCUCAAAUAACCUAUUCCCCAUAUAGGUCACUACAUUUGUAGGUCUCUAUAUGGGGAAUAGGCUCUACAGAGAAUAGGUUGUCAUUUCUGCCCUUUGUCUGUGGCACUUCAACUGCUGCCCUGACCUCAGGCAUACUGUAAGUUGGAUGUGCACUGUCCUGACGGAGGAGAUGGUGACUCCUGAGUCCGGAGGGCGAGUGUACUGCUCUCCAUGGCCUUUUCUGACUGAGGUCUGUAUCACUGACAAUGUUUGUACAGUAUGACAUGUGCGUGCUGUGAAUGUGUCCCCUAGCAUCUGCUGCCAGUGCUUGACGUCAGACUGUUGUUACAGAAGUUGACAUGGAUAUAAGGAUCUUCCUCUUCUCUAUUACCUGUGGUGUAUUUAUCUAAACUGUGGUCUGUGACAUGUGUUAGUACUAAUAUGUGAACAAUCCUUUGAACCCCCUGAAUACCUAAUACAUUAAAAACACACACUGGAACUA